UCUCUGACAGUCAGAGGCUCUCUGAGCGCUCAGAAGAAAAGGAGGAAGCAGCGGAGAGCAGCGCAGCGACAGCUCGUCAAGUCAGCCGAAGGACACGAUAGCAAAAACCUAAACAAACUAAAUAAAACUAAAUCAGCUGAUCGGUUUCAAACUCCUCCGCUCGCAACAACGCACAAGAAGCGACUUUUUUUUUAACUCCAGAAACGUUUUUUCUUUUUGCCACCAACUUCCGUUGGUAAGUUAAAGUAAAAAUAAAGAUAGUUGCACAGAUAGUAGGAGAAUGGCAGACUCGGCGGCGGCCAACAGCGACGGGGAGGACGGACCCCGCCAGCCCAUGCGAGGCUUCGCGCGACAGGGAGCCCUCCGCCAGAAGAACGUGCACGAGGUGAAGGACCACAAAUUCAUCGCGCGCUUCUUCAAGCAGCCCACCUUCUGCAGCCACUGCACCGACUUCAUCUGGGGUUUUGGCAAGCAGGGAUUCCAGUGUCAAGUGUGUUGUUUCGUGGUUCACAAACGCUGCCAUGAGUUUGUCACUUUUUCCUGUCCAGGUGCUGAUAAAGGACCUGCAUCAGAUGACCCGAGAGCAAAGCAUAAGUUUAAGAUCCACACCUACUCCAGCCCGACUUUCUGCGACCACUGUGGCUCUCUGCUCUACGGCCUCAUACACCAGGGCAUGAGAUGUGACCACUGUAUGAUGAACAUCCAUAAGCGCUGUGUGGCCAAUGUGCCGAGUCUGUGUGGGACAGACCACACUGAGAGGAGAGGCCGCAUCAAGAUCUCUGCUGAGAUCAAGACUAAUGUGCUCACUGUUACUAUCAAAGAGGCCAGGAAUCUGGUUCCUAUGGACCCCAACGGUCUGUCAGACCCCUACGUGAAGCUUAAACUGAUUCCAGAUCCCCGCAGCGAGAGCAAACAGAAGACCAAGACCAUUAAGUGCUGCCUCAACCCCACCUGGAAUGAAACCUUUAAAUUCCACCUGAAGGAGUAUGAUAAGGACCGCCGUCUGUCAGUGGAGGUGUGGGAUUGGGACCUGACCAGCCGCAAUGACUUCAUGGGAUCGCUGUCCUUUGGCAUCUCGGAGCUCCAGAAACUAGGAGUGGAUGGAUGGUUUAAGAUGCUCUCCCAGGAAGAAGGCGAGUACUUCAAUGUUCCCGUUGCUCCAGAGGGGGAGGAGGGUAACGAGGAGCUACGGCAGAAAUUUGAGAGGGCUAAGAUUGGUCCAAGCAAGAACACAGAGGGGAAGUCGGCCAAUGCUGCAUCCAGGUUCGACUCCAAUGGCAACCAAGAUCGCAUGAAACUGUCUGACUUUAACUUCCUGAUGGUGUUGGGAAAGGGAAGCUUUGGCAAGGUGAUGCUGGCGGAGCGUAAAGGGACAGAAGAUCUGUACGCUAUAAAGAUCCUGAAGAAGGACGUUGUGAUCCAGGAUGAUGAUGUGGAGUGCACCAUGGUGGAGAAGAGAGUGUUAGCGUUGGCUGGAAAGCCCCCAUUCUUAACACAGCUGCACUCCACCUUCCAGAGCAUGGAUCGUUUGUAUUUUGUCAUGGAGUACAUCAACGGCGGAGAUCUCAUGUAUCAGAUUCAGCAGGUCGGCAAGUUCAAAGAGCCUCAUGCUGUAUUCUAUGCGGCAGAGAUAGCCAUUGGUCUGUUCUUCCUACAUCAAAAGGGUAUCAUCUACAGAGACCUGAAGCUGGACAACGUGAUGCUGGACUGCGAGGGCCACAUUAAGAUAGCGGACUUUGGCAUGUGUAAAGAAAAUAUGCUCGACGGAGUCACCACCAAGACCUUCUGUGGAACACCAGACUACAUAGCUCCUGAGAUCAUAGCCUACCAACCUUAUGGAAAAUCUGUGGACUGGUGGGCCUUUGGAGUAUUGCUCUACGAGAUGCUGGCUGGACAGCCUCCAUUUGAUGGUGAGGAUGAGGAUGAGUUAUUUCAGUCCAUCAUGGAGCAUCACGUCUCCUAUCCCAAGUCGAUGUCCAAAGAGGCUGUCGCUAUCUGUAAAGGGCUGAUGACGAAGCAUCCAGCGAAACGACUGGGCUGUGGUCCAGAGGGCGAAAGAGACAUCAGGGAGCACAGCUUCUUCCGCUACAUGGACUGGGAGAAGCUGGAGAACAAGGAGGUUCAGCCGCCGUUCAAACCCAGAGCUAGGAACCGUCGGGACACCUGUAACUUUGACAAGGAGUUCACCAAGAUGCCGGUGGAUUUGACGCCAACAGACAAGCUUGUGAUCAUGAACCUGGACCAGGACGAGUUCCUCGGCUUCUCCUACACUAACCCUGAAUAUGUGGCUCCUGCAAAUUAACAUGCAUUAGAUCCCACUGACAGACUGGUAGAAAAAGAGGUUUCAGAAAGCAAACUAGCGUUAAAAUUACAAUUAUUUCGUGUGUGUUCAGAUCAUGUCUGCAUUCAUUUUAGGCCGCACUGGGGUUUGUCCAGUACUUCAGCACAAGAAAGGUAUCACAACACUAAACUUGCACAAUACACUGGAUACCAAAGACUUUGAAGAAUUAUUUCAAAAAUUUCAAAAUGUCUAUACAAAUAGAGGGAAAAAUAUUAAAUUCAGAAGACAGAAAAUGAAAGACAAAAUGAAGGAUAAAUGCACCUUGAUUCCAAUUUUAUGCUAUGAAAUAUACUGUUAUAAAGAUAGAAUAGCUGCUCUGUUUAUUGCAUUAAUCUGCAACAAACAUUUUACCAUUUUCAGUAUUCUUAAGUGAAGUUUUGUGAUACGUUUUCUGGUGUUGUUCCGCAAGUUACAUACAACAGCAGCAGUCUUGCCAGCCUGGCAUGAUUAAAAUGGCCACCAUUGCUGAGAGAUAUUGAAAGGAACAUUGUCUUGAAUAUUGUUUAGAAAGACAUUCACUCUAGUCCUAAUUUUAAGUCUUGUCACCUAUCCAUUAUUUUGAAUCGUGGACAUGGACAGAUGGGACCAAAACAAACAAGAAAUCUACGCUGAAUGUUUGUAGAUUAUGAGCGGACCAAAUCUCAAAUAUGUUUGUAUUAGCAUUUCAUGAUGUUAGCUCUUUUAUAAAUUUUUUUAGUCUAAUAACUAUCAUCACUUUGUAAAACUGCAUGGGAGUACAAAUUAAUAAUGUCCCACUGCCAACAAAUUGCAUCUGUAGUAUCUUCUGCAACCAUUCAAGUGGUAGAAACUCCACUCGAAGCCGUCUGAACAUGCACCAUGAAGACCACUGGUUUAAUUUGUGUGUCUUGACCAUUGCUGCCUGUUUCGACAAGCCUGCGCACUGUCAUGAUUUGCACCGUGUAAGUGCUGACACACACUCAGACUGAGCGUCUCACACUGGGCCGUCACAGAGGAAUAUGCCUAAUGAGCAAACUUCACAGCCUGUCAAAUCUUUUUGUCCUUCUCUUGCUUCUUUUUCUCCCCCUGCUCUCGCCUGUUCCUUUCUCCUCUCCCUCAUCCGCCUGUUGUCUCUCCUUUUUAUUUUUUUGUUUUGGCUCUAAUCCUUACUUCUGUCAAGGCCUCACUGGGGGCCUGGUAUGAUGUGAUGUCACUAGGUUGGCAAUGCGGCAGUCACCAGUGGAGCGCAGUCAGCGCACACAUGCAGAUGCACACACAGUGAAUGAGGACAUGCUUUGACAACCCCCAAGUGAGCAAUAAUAACAACAGCAAUGCUGCUUUCCUCAAUUAUUUAAUUUGCACUUCCUUCCCCUAACACAUCUGUGUAUGUGUGUGUGUGCAUAAACAUAUGUUCAUGUAUUGACAAAUGUCCAUAUGCUAGAGUAUAUGUACGAACGUGUGUGUGUGUGUGUGUUUCAUAAGGCUUCAUUGGAUAAAGCCAAUUAUUUCAAAUUCAGCUCAAAUUCAGCAAAUCUGCCUUCCAGCUUCAAACCACAUUACAUUGGUUAUAAUGCCAACUAGCUGUGUGUACUGUACAGACACACACACGAGCACACACCCACAGCCAUACAGUCCAAUCCAUGACAGGGUUGGAAUUAUUAGGUGAAGCGUAACAAGGCGGACAAUGACUGUGAAAUGUUUGCUCCUGGAGGCACACAAGAUGUAUACUGUAGGUCCAUUACACAGACUCAGAAUUUCUUUUUCCCCCCUUCUUUAAUCAGCACAAACAGUACUCUCAUGCAUACUAUAUACAGCACGUAUGCGUGUAUUGUAUAUAUUUAUAUAUAUGUAAGCAAACACAGACACACAACAUUUCCUAACUCUUUCACCUUUGGGAAUAUUACACCGUAUCUGACUCCAUAAUCUUAUUCUUUUUGUUUUAUAUGUUGUAUAAUGUAAAAUAUAAAGUAUAAUGUUUGUGACGGCCUUUCUCAUGCAUAGAGCUGUGUAUUGCUCAGGUCAGGAGUGUAAAUAUCUCGUAAUGCUAAUCACGCCUACUCUUAACAUCUGCUGUUGGGAUUCGUAGACCCUGAAGCAUUUAAUAGCACUCAACAACUGUGUCUACCUGUGUGUGUGUGUGUGUAUGUGUGUAUGUGUGUGA